ACGUCGGCUGGCUAACCAGACGCUUGGCUCCGCAACUGGGAACCCUCCUCAUAAAGUACAUCCCGAUAUCCCAAUACUCCGAUUUCAAUCCUGAACUGGUGUAACGGUCUUUUGAAUAAUUGAAGCAGUGCGUGCCGAACUCGAUGCAAAUUGAUUGCUCAUACGCCGCGUGGUACGGCACAAAGGAAGGGCGAAAUGGAAAAAUAGAAAAAUAGUUCUCUAUAGGAAAAUAGAAAAUAGAAAUUGUUGCAUGCUCCCGGGCGGCGCAAUUGUGGAUUGAUAUUUGCUGGUGCAGUGAGUGUGUGUCAGUGCGAUUUGUGUGCGCUUCAAAUUCGAAUUCAAAUGCUUUUUGAUUAAAGCCCGCGCGCGAAUAGUUUUCCAGGCAAUCGGAAAAGUCUAAUUGCUCAAUGGCAUUAGUAUUGUGCGGGCUCUUGAAUUCUGAGGGUCACUUUGCGUUGGUAAACAAUUGAAUUGCGUUGAAGUAUCCAAGCGAACCGCUCGCCGCGAACGCCAAAAGCUCACUGAGCAGCUCUUUUUGCCCAGAGGCGUCUCUGGGUUCGUAAGCGGAAUAAAAACAAAGAAACUCGAAAACGAAAACAAAACACGAAAAUACAAAAAAAGAGUUAGGAGGUGUUUCGGGGAACUGGCCAUUAGACUUGACAUAAGCCAAGGCAGGCAGCAACGGAGGGGAAUAAACUGGCACAACAACUUUAAAAGUACAAACGGUCGGCAGGAGGAGCCGUCCAUGGAGUGCAUAGACCGGGAACAAUGCUAAAUGCCACGUCAGCAGCAGCAACAGCAGCAACAUCAGCAGCAACAGCAGCAACACCCCCAACAACAGAAGCAACAUCAUCAGCAAAAACAAGUCAACGACAGCUUAAAACAUAAUACGCUGGCUGAAGGCAACAAGCGGAUAGGAAGACAGGCGACAGACAGUCGGGGGACAAAGAUAUAGGGGCGAUACAGGGUGGUGUUCUAUACCAUAGACAAAGAACAAAGCGACAUUGCGAACGAUGAGGAAUCGCUGUUGCAAUUAGUGAGCCAAGGGGUUGGACGACGAGCCAUGAAUCACGAGCUCUGCCCGCAGCGGAAACGGAAAUGCUCGCUGGAAACGGAAACGGAGGAGCAGGUGGCCACUAAAUGCCAUUGAACACUGAGCGAUCAUGUCCGACGUUGAGCAGGCGAUUAAGGCCAACAAGCAGCAUCAGCAGCAGCAUCAGCCGUCCCAGUUGGACUGCUCCAUCGACGAUGAGACGGAUCCCGCCGAAUUCGGAGCCGGAGGAGCUGUUUGUGGACCGGAAGUGGGCGCCAAGACCACCGCCUCGCUGACCCCCAAGCCGGGCAGCGGCUUCCGGCGCUGCUGCGGCCACCUCCUCAAGCUGCUGCUCUCCACGCCCGGACUGGUGCUCCUGGUCAUGGGCUACUCGGUGCUGGGCGCCCUCAUCUUCCCGCUACUGGAGGCGCCGCAGGACCUCAGCAAGUCGGCGGCCAUCGCCAAGAGCCGUGAGGACUGUCUGCGCGAACUCUGGAUCAUAACAGAGAAACUCAACGUUCUGUACGAACGCAACUGGACGAUGCUGGUCCACGAGCAGCUGCGUCGCUUCGAGGGCUCCAUUGUGGCGGCCACGCGCCAAGGAUCUGGCGGAGGAUCCGGAGGGGGAUCCGGAGCAGCAGGAGGAGGACUCUUCCACGAGGGCAGUGCCAGUGCCCUGGGCCACUUUGGCUACGAUGCCGGCGACUCCCAGAGCUGGACUUUCAGCGAGGCGCUGCUCUACUCGGUCACUGUGAUAACGACAAUUGGACACGGCAGCCUGACGCCCCGCACCGCCGCCGGGAAGCUGGCCACCAUCUUCUACGCCCUGGUGGGCGUGCCCCUGAUGCUGAUGUGCCUGUCCAGCCUGGGAGCCCUACUCGCCGACGCCCUGCAGUGCACCUACGUGCGCCUCUGCUGCCAGCUGCAGCGGCACAGGGACAGCAGGAGGAGGUCAUCAGCCGGGUCCUCCAAGGGGCCAACUGCCACCACUGCGAUGACAACGAAGGCGGCCAAGUCGAGGGAGAAGGACAGGGAAAGGGGCUCCAAGCGACGACUGGCUAAUUGCAAGGGCUGUAAGUACGAUGCGGCCAACAGUGAGACGAGCUUAAAUGACUGCCUGGAGUACGGCCAAAAGGGAAAGCUGCCGGCCGACAAAAAGGAAGGAGAUGCCUGUCAAUUGUUGCGCAACUUGAAUCCGCAGCAGCAUUUUUAUCAGCAGCAGUUGCAGUUGCAGCAGCAGCAGCAGCAGCAGCAGCAGCAGUUGCAGCAGCCGGAUGUCAUGCUAAUGACAACGACAUCGGGCAGCGCAUUGCUGAAAUACGCACCGCAGCAACAGCAACUGCAGCAGCAAUUAUCGACAGCAACCCUCCCGCGACAACAUCAUCAGCUGCAGCAGCAACAUCACCAGUUGCAGCAGCAGCAGCACCAGCAACACCAGCAACACCAGCAGCAACUGCAGCAGAACUUCGUGGCUGUGCCGAGCAGCAUGCUGCGAAUGCCGCUGACAGUGCCGCCCAAUUGUUAUGCUCCCGCGACUGCCACGAUUUACUUUCCAUUCGGCACCGCCCCCUCCGCCCCCGGCCGUCCCGCCCACCCCGUUUCGAUGCCCAAUGCCAAUCCAAUGGGGAACACUACUACGCUGAGUCAACAGCAGCCGCUGGUCAAGUAUCACACGAUACAUCUGCAGCCCGCUUCCGGGAAGCAUCGUGUGUUGGCUUCUGGACUCCAGGAUGCAGCACCCGGGAAUCUCGUCACAGGAUCUGAGGCUUCCUCACUGGAGGCCAUCACUUUGCCACCGCCGCCGGCCUAUCAGACGGCCAAUGUGCACGCUGUGCGACGGGCCAAGUUCGUGACGAAACCACUGCCACACGAGAUCAACGCGCUGAUGGACUGCGGCACAGGAUCGCCGGACUUAUCCAGGAGGCAUGAUUUAUUGCCACCCGCCCACUCGGGGUCACCAGCAACAGGCGCUGCAGCAGCAGGUCCUUUGGUAACCUACACGGCCGCAGUGACAAGCCCACAACUGUCGGCUGGAAUUAAAGGAGGACCAGGAGGAGCAACAAUGGUGGCUCCAGGAGGAGGUGGAGCCACCCUGUCCGAUAACAGUUUUAUGGCCGCAGGUGUUUGUGGCAUGGGUGCCGGUGGUGCCCCUCCUACAACAUCAUCAUCAUCGGGGGCAGCCACUGCACCCGUCUCCUCGGCAGCAGCCACAUUGUCAGCCCUUCUGAGCGCCAACUCCUCGGCCACCGUCGACAUCAUGGAGGAUGAGGACGAGCAGGAGCGGGAGCGAUUGAGCAACUGCCCGCACGGAACGCCGUCACGGGUGCCGCUGAUAGCGAGUCCUUUGAGCGUGCCGCAGGACUCGGGCGCCGCCUACAACCGCCACACGCUACAGCCGCUGAGCCGCAAGACGCUGCUGCUGACCCGUCGCUGCCACAGACACGCCUCCGGAACCCUAUACGAUGCCACGGCCAACAACACGGAGACCUCCGACGAUGAGGAGUACAUGCAGCACGGCAGCGAGCAGUUCGUGCUGAAGAAGCUGCGCUACCACUGCGACUCGGAGGACUGCCGGGAGACGGAGGACUCCGAGGAGGAGGACGAGGAGGCGGAGGGGCGCCAGGUGCCCAUCAGCCUGGUGCUGCUCAUCCUGGCCUGCUACAUCUGCGUGGGCACCGUGAUCUUUGCCCUGUGGGAGAACUGGUCGCUGGUGGACGGGGCCUACUUCUGCUUCGUCACCCUGUCGACCAUCGGCUACGGGGACUUCGUGCCCGCCCGGAGCUUCAAUGGACCGGAACUGCAGCUGUACGCCUGCUGCGCCUACUUGCUCCUCGGACUCGUCCUCGUGGCCAUGUCCUUCAGCAUCCUGGAGACGCAGCUCAUGUGGAAGUGCAAGCGCAUUGCCGUGCGACUGAAGUUGGCCCGCACGGAUGGAUAAUGCCCUCAUCCUAAUCUACUCUCACAACAAUCCGCAUUCUGCAAUCCAAAUGCUUGAAUCUUAGACUAGGUGUAUCGUGUAAUUAACCCAAACUAGCCCAUCUCUGUGUACAUUUGUCUGCCUAGCGAAAUAAUGAGAACUCGUAUGUUGUUCGGAAUUCAAGUGAAUUUGUGUAAAUAAACGGAAUUUUUGGAA